CAACGCAUAUGUAAGAUAUCAAACAGUUUACAGUACGAAAAACGUAAGCAAACAUUGAAGAAAAUUUUAUUUUGUAAACAUAUUGUUAGAAUUUUUGAAUAAAUUAACCAUGGCUGAUAGUAAAGAAGAAUGUCAAUUAAAAGCUGGACAUCCUCCUGCAGUUAAAGCUGGGGGUAUGCGAAUCACCCAACAUAAAUCAAACCAUAAAGAAUCUGGAAUUAAUGAAGAAACUUGUAAUUUAAAAGUAUCCUGCAGUCCUCCAAAGACUUUAAAUAUUUCUGGAGCAGUACCAAAAGGUAAUGCAGAUUUUCCGACUGAAGCUGUGCAAAGUUUCCAUAAAGAUAAACCUCCUGUAAACGUUUGUGUUAAACCACAAACUCAUAUUCAACAACCUCGCAAAUAGCAUAAAAAUGAGCCCACAUUAUUAUUCACUAUUUUGUUUUCGAUAGAAAGUAUAUAUUUUUUAUUAAAAGACAAAAUCGUGUUGCAUUCUUGAUGAAGGACCAAAAAAAAGCGAAAAAGGCUACAUGAUAAUUAUUGAAAAGCAAUGAAAUUUUAAAACGGGAUAACAUUUUUUAUUAAUUUUU